AUGACUCGAUCUGGAUGGAUCCCAAAUACCGUUCAAGGUGCGAAGUCUGCAAAUGUCGUUCGGAAACCUAAACGCGCCCGAACAGCUUUCAGAACCCAGCAAAAAAUGGAACUUGAGCAAGAAUACUUCAGGACGUGGUACUUAGACCGCAAUUGCCGCAUCGAUUUUGCCGAGAUACUCAAACUGGACGAACAUACCAUCAAGAUCUGGUUCCAGAACCGUCGCCUGAAGAUGAAGAAAGACAAGGCUGAGAUGCUUAAAGAAGAAGCUCCAAGCACAACUGAUUCCUCAGCGGAUCUGAAUACUAUGCCGAUUAAUAAUCAAGAACAACUAGAUAAGUGUAGUGUAGGGUAG